AUGAAAGCUAUCAAUCAGCUUGAUAUUGAAUGCAUUAUUAUUGUCUCUGCUCUGUCUCCAGAAAGUGUCAAAGAUGAAAGAAAAGAAAGGCUAUGUCAAAAUUCGAAGAAAACAACUCCCAAAUAUAGCAGAUUGAAGGAGAUUGUAGGCGGUACCGAUUAUAAAACUGGUACUUUCGCCUCAUUCACAAAAUUUAGUCCUCUUUUGUCACUCUCAGAGCAAAUGCUAAAGAAUUUCAAAUUGAUUCAGGAAAAAGAAAUUAAUUGCUGGGCUUCUAAUGAAUUUUGCAUAAUUCUAUUCAAAGCUUUAUUAAAGCAGGAUGAUAAGGAAUCCCUGAGAGCUUUUCAAGCAACCUAA